GCGGCGUUUCUGGGCAGGGCAGGGCAGCUCGGCCGGAUCGAGGGCUGGAGCCGGGACCGGAGGCAGGGGCUGGAGACGUGGUCGCGGCCGGAGCGGGUGCGCUGCGGAUCCGGAAGCGAGCGGUGCCGAGAUUUGUCUACGGAUUUUGAGCAUCUGAAGCUGACCCCUGAAUCUAAGCAUUCCCUGCUGCUCCCUCACUCUUUGAAGAAAUGUCUGUCACUUAUGAUGAUUCCGUUGGAGUAGAAGUGUCCAGCGAUAGCUUCUGGGAGGUCGGGAACUACAAGCGGACCGUGAAGCGGAUUGAUGAUGGCCACCGCCUGUGCAGCGACCUCAUGAACUGCCUGCACGAGCGGGCGCGCAUUGAGAAGGGGUAUGCACAGCAGCUCACCGAGUGGGCCCGGCGCUGGAGGCAGCUUGUGGAGAGGGGGCCACAGUAUGGGACAGUGGAGAAGGCCUGGAUGGCUGUCAUGUCCGAGGCAGAGAGAGUGAGCGAGCUGCACCUUGAGGUGAAGGCCUCACUGAUGAAUGAUGACUUCGAGAAGAUCAAAAAUUGGCAGAAGGAAGCCUUUCACAAGCAGAUGAUGGGAGGCUUUAAGGAGACCAAAGAAGCUGAGGACAGCUUUCGGAAGGCACAGAAGCCCUGGGCCAAGAAGCUGAAAGAGGUAGAAGCAGCAAAGAAAGCCCACCACGCAGCAUGCAAGGAGGAGAAGUUGGCCAUCUCACGAGAAGCUAACAGCAAAGCAGACCCAUCCCUCAACCCUGAACAGCUCAAGAAAUUGCAAGAUAAAAUAGAAAAAUGUAAGCAAGAUGUUCUUAAGACCAAAGAGAAGUAUGAGAAGUCCCUGAAGGAGCUUGACCAGGGCACUCCCCAGUACAUGGAGAACAUGGAGCAGGUGUUUGAGCAGUGCCAGCAGUUUGAGGAGAAGCGUCUGCGCUUCUUCCGGGAGGUUCUGCUGGAGGUUCAGAAGCACCUAGACCUGUCAAAUGUGGCCAGCUACAAAACCAUUUACCGUGACCUGGAGCAGAGCAUCAGAGCGGCUGACGCGGUGGAGGACCUGCGGUGGUUCAGAGCCAAUCACGGGCCGGGCAUGGCCAUGAACUGGCCACAGUUUGAGGAGUGGUCUGCAGACCUGAAUCGAACUCUCAGCCGGAGAGAGAAGAAGAAGGCCACUGAUGGUGUCACCCUGACGGGCAUCAACCAGACAGGCGACCAGUCUCUGCAGAAUAAGCACAGCAGCAACCUUAGUAUCCCGAGCAACCCUGCCCAGUCCGCGCAGUCACAAUCCAGCUACAACCCCUUCGAGGAUGAGGACGACACGGGCAGCACCGUCAGUGAAAAGGAAGACAUUAAGGCCAAAAACGUGAGCAGCUAUGAGAAGACCCACAGCUACCCCACUGACUGGUCGGAUGACGAGUCCAACAACCCCUUCUCCUCCACGGAUGCCAACGGGGACUCCAAUCCGUUUGACGAGGACACCACCUCGGGGACAGAAGUGCGAGUCCGGGCCCUCUAUGACUACGAGGGGCAGGAACAUGAUGAGCUGAGCUUCAAGGCUGGGGAUGAGCUGACCAAGAUAGAGGACGAGGACGAGCAGGGCUGGUGCAAGGGACGCUUGGACAAUGGACAGGUUGGCCUGUAUCCAGCAAAUUACGUCGAGGCCAUCCAGUGACAGGCCAGUGGGCAGGCUGGCGGAGGGAUGGAGGCAGCUGUCCCAGGAGCUCCGUUGGGCAGUGGCCCCUCUGGCCCCUCCAGCCAGCCACGUGGGUGUCCACGCCUUUUCCUGCAAAAGAUGGUUCUGUUGCUCUUGGCUCCCAUGAAGGCAGAGCUGGUCACUUCACCUGGGACUCAGCACCUUACCAAGUGCAGCUGGAGGGAUCUGAGCACAGGAAGAUGCAGUACAACAGAGAAAUAGCCGGGCCCUCCUCCUGCCGCCCCACUGUCUGUGUGUUGGCUUAUCAUGGGUCUUAUGUUCUUGACCUUGUCUCUCCUCCCUCCAAGUCAGUGGUGGGUACACUGAUUCUCGCUCCACUGAUUACUUUCUCUGAUGAGUCCCAUCACCUGCCACUAAAUGAACAAACUUCCAUGCCAUUUUCCGAGUGAAGAUUUUGAGGUUUUUAAUUUAAAGGGUAUGUACAGUUAUACUUUUUUAUAUACCUGUUCUUCCAUUCAUUUAUACUUAAAUUAUGGCACAGAGUGAUGUACACCAGUCUAGAGGAAAUGUGUCUCUAUUUCCAUGUUGUGCUUUGAAAGCCAUGCCCCUGCAUGGGGUGAGCUGCAGGUGAUGUAGCUCAUGUUGACAGAUGAUGUUUGAGGCAAGAGAUUGUAGUAGAAAGAUGGGAACGCGUUAACGGUUGUGAAUGCUCUUUAUGCAUUCAGGGCAUCUGAGUGGGGGUUUCAGAAAUAACCUUAUGUAGUACUCCCCAAAGUCACCAUAUUUAAAAAUUAUUUUCACUCUAUUCUUGCUUAAAACUUUAUUAUUUUGCUAAUUAACAGUUUUAACAGUGAUUUGGGAGGUUAAAAAGUAGGACUUACUUUUCAAGCAAAUGCAUCUAUAGAUUAAGAUGCUUUAUAUAUUAAACUGUCAUGUCUUGGUGUAUAUCUGUAUAUAUUAUUUGAUAUUCAGAGAAUCUAAAGAGCUUGUCUACUGUUUUAAUGAGAUUUAACAGCUUUCAACAGUGGGUUUCGUUUGUAAACUGCUUGAAGUCCGUGGCACGCGGGCAUGGGCCUGGCUGGUUGGCUGGGCCCCCUCCAGGCUUGGACGUGGGCCCCAGGACUCUCCUAGGUUGAGGCUUCUGCAGGGCAGGCUUGUCCUCGCUGGCCAGCAGGGGUCCAACUUCUGACUAGACUCAGUCCAUGGUUCUGUAGCUGAAUACUGUAAAAACACCGUGUCUUUGUAGCAGUCGCAGAUUUCACAGUCAUCCAUGUUCCUAGUGAGCAAACGAAAGCUGGGUGUCACCCACAGCACAGGCCUCCCUAAGUGUCCUGGUCGCCAGAGAGUGGGAUACCACGGCCAGAGCUGUGCUGUAGUCACACAGGGUGGGUGGGGUGUGGAGAGAACCUUUGUUUUGUGUAACUGGGACAGUGGUGCCACCACUGUCACCAUCAUAAGCUAUGCAUUACCCUCUUCAGCAUGUCCAGUGAGCCUGACGUCUUGCUUGGAAAGUGCGUGUGCGUCUGUAUCUGUCAUGAAAACUUACCAGCAGAAAUCCUCAUUCCUGUGCUACAGAUUUACCAAAAAUUGUUGUCUUUUAAGUUUAGGAGUUCCUUUAAUUGUGUAGUAUUUUAGGAAAGAAAUCAAUAAACGGUUGAU